AUGUCUUUAGUAUUAACUAAAGCUGCUUUAGCCUUAAAUAAUGCCGAAAAAAACUUCAAAGUUGUUAAGUUUGAAGCUCAUAAACCUAAGAAAAAGGAAAGUUUAUCAGACGAUAAAAAAAUACAUGAUUUACGAAGCACAAAUACGCAAAAGAAAGAAGUAGAUCUGAAAAAAAUUCGCCAUGAAAUUGUUAAAUUUGGGAUGUCAGGAUUCGAUUCUACAAAGAAACAAGAAGCCAAAAUAGCCUUAGCCAUAAGUUUAGGUGCUAAGCCACCGAAACGGGCCUAUUUAAAUUAUAAAGAGCUCAUGGCUAAAAGGAAACAAGAAAAAUUAAAGGAAAAUGAGGAAAAGCAACAAAUGAACUCUAAAAGUAUUCUUCAAACUGUUGGGCAAAAGAAGAAAAAGGGUUCAAAGAAUGAUGUUGGACAUUUACUGAGUAGUUAUGGAAAGGUGCAGAAGAAAGAUUUAAAAAAAGAUAACAAAAAUAAGGGCAACCAGAAAAAGAAGAAUAAAAAAUUAAUUUAA